AUGUCAGAAUUCUUAACAACUAAGCAAAGAUCAAAAGCUCAGAAACUUCCUUGCAUAUUUCUUGAUCUAGUUUGUAAUUAUAAAGAACAAGGUAGUUCUAAUAAGAAAGCUCGACUUAAUGAUAGUUUCAAUACUGAUGAAAUGAGUGUCGAUGAUGUAUCACACCAUUUGUCAGAAUUUGAAAGAGUUGCAGAAAAUAAUAUGUAUAUAAUUACAGAUUUACAAUGGCAAGUAGAAAAUUAA